UCAACACAACUGAGGAAGUAACAAGCUAAACUGGCUAGCUAACCGCUACGACCAAAACAGUGUUUAUUAUUUGUAUUAAGUUAACUAAAUGUUGUGUUUGUCUUUAUCGAAAGAGUAACUGUCCGCCUUUGUUAGGGCUCACUGGGCAUGGAGUGACAGGGGACAAUGUCUAGGAGCAGUUGCCGUUGCUUGCUAACUUCUAAGCUAGUAGGCUAACGAUCAGCUGUUGUUUUGGUCGGAGAGGUAGCUGGCUAACAAGCCAAACUGCAUAGCAUUACAGAAGUCUAUAAGACUAGGUUUACCGCACCUGAUUUCCUCAUCGCUUGUCGAAAUACUGAACUGCUCAGUCGGUUAAUGGCGACACAUGAAGUCGUAGCACCCUGACAGACUUUAUCAGCGGUCAGUCAUUCAGCUGUUGGCAGGCAAGCGUCAACUCCGUGUGGUAUUGAUCCAGAAGAGCGGUUUCUAAUUCAGUCAGCAACAUUGCUUCAAGAUGCAUGACGCGUAUGAACCAGUGCCUAUUUUGGAAAAGCUUCCUCUUCAGAUUGACUGUCUUGCGGCCUGGGAGGACUGGCUGCUUGUGGGAACAAAGCCAGGGCAUCUUCUUCUUUACCGGAUAAAGAAGGAUGCAGGCACCAACCGGUUCGAGGUGACACUGGAAAAAUCCAAUAAGAACUUCUCAAAGAAGAUUCAGCAGCUUUACGUUGUCUCACAAUACAAAAUUCUUGUCAGUCUUCUUGAGAACAACAUCCACGUCCAUGACCUCCUCACCUUCCAGCAGAUCACUGUGCUGCCCAAAGCCAAAGGAGCCACACUCUUUGCCUGUGACCUGCAGCAAACCAGCUCAGGAGAGGAAAGGUUGAGAAUGUGUGUUGCGGUGAAAAAGAAGCUCCAGCUUUAUUACUGGAAGGACAGAGAGUUCCACGAGCUGCAGGGGGACUUUGGUGCUCCAGAUAUUCCAAAGUCCAUGGCUUGGUGUGAAAACUCCAUAUGUGUUGGUUUCAAACGAGACUAUUACCUCAUUCGGAUGGAUGGCCGUGGCUCCAUCAAGGAGCUCUUUCCCACUGGGAAACAGUUGGAGCCUCUGGUUGCCCCACUGGCUGAUGGGAAGGUGGCUGUUGGUCAGGAUGACCUAACUGUAGUGCUAAAUGAAGAGGGCGUUUGCACCCAGAAGUGUGCCCUGAACUGGACUGACAUCCCUAUAGCAAUGGAGCACCAGCCUCCGUACAUCAUAGCUGUUCUCCCUCGGUACGUGGAGAUCCGGACCUUCGAGCCGAGGCUGCUGGUGCAGAGUGUGGAGCUGCAGAGACCUCGCUUCAUUACUUCAGCAGGUCCAAAUAUUGUGUAUGUUGCCAGCAACCACUUUGUGUGGCGUCUAGUGCCCAUGUCAAUAGCCAGCCAAAUCCGGCAGCUUCUACAGGACAAGCAGUUUGAGCUGGCUCUUCAGCUGGCGAAGAUGAAGGAUGAUUCAGAUGGUGAUAAGAAGCAGCAGAUACAUCACAUCCAGAAUCUCUAUGCCUUCAAUUUGUUUUGCCAGAAGAGAUUCGAUGACUCCAUGCAGGUGUUUGCCAAACUGGGCACAGAUCCCACCCAUGUGAUUGGGCUGUAUCCAGACCUCCUCCCGUCAGACUACCGCAAACAGCUGCACUAUCCCAACCCUCUGCCUACUCUGUCCGGGGCAGAGCUGGAGAAGGCUCAUCUGGCUCUCAUCGAUUACCUCACCCAGAAACGCAGCCACCUUGUGAAACAGCUGAAUGACUCUGACCCUUCUACCACGUCUCCACUCAUGGAGGGAACGCCUACGAUCAAAAGCCGCAAAAAACUCCUGCAGAUCAUUGAUACCACUCUGCUGAAAUGCUACCUGCACACCAACGUGGCCCUGGUGUCCCCCCUCCUUCGUCUGGAAAACAACCACUGCCACAUUGAGGAGAGCGAGUACGUCCUGAAGAAGGCCCAUAAGUACAGCGAGCUCAUUAUUCUCUAUGAGAAGAAGGGUCUGCACCAGAAAGCUCUGCAGGUGCUGCUGGACCAGUCCACCAAGGCCAACUCUCCUCUGAAGGGCCACGAGCGAACAGUGCAGUACCUCCAACGAUUGGGAGUGGAGAAUUUGGGAAUCAUCUUUGAGUUUUCUCCCUGGGUGUUGAAGAUCUGUCCUGAGGACGGCCUGAAGAUCUUCACAGAGGACCUGACAGAGGUGGAGACUUUGCCCAGAGACAAGGUGCUGAACUUCCUGAAGGAGGGCUUUAAGGAGCUCGCCAUCCCGUAUUUGGAGCAUAUCAUUUACGUAUGGGACGAUGACGGCCCUGAGUUUCACAACGUGCUCAUCCAGCUCUACCUGGAGAGGGUCCAAGGCCUCAUGAAACAGUAUCUCAACUCACUGCCAGAAGGUGUUCCAGCUGUUGCUGCAGGGAAGGAGGACGGUGAUCUGGGAGAGUUCAGGAACAAGCUGCUGUCUUUCCUGGAUAUUUCUACCAGCUACGAACCAGCCAGACUCAUCAGUGACUUUCCCUUUGAUGGCCUGCUGGAGGAACGAGCUCUGCUUCUGGGUCGGAUGGGUAAACACGAGCAGGCGCUCUUCAUCUAUGUGCACAUCCUGAAAGACACCCGCAUGGCUGAAGAAUACUGUCACCGACAUUACAACAGUUCAGUCGAAGGGAAUAAAGAUGUUUAUCUGUCUCUGCUGCGAAUGUACCUGUCACCUCCUGACGUCCACUGUCUGGGACCCAUCAAGAUGGAGCUGUCGGAGCCUCAGGCCAACCUCCAGGCGGCUCUGCACGUCCUGGAGCUACACCACAGCAAACUCAACACCACCAAGGCCAUCAAUCUGCUCCCAGCAAACACCCAGAUCCGAGAGAUCCGGGUCUUCCUGGAGAGCGUCCUGGAGGAGAAGGCUCAGAGGAAACGCUGCAACCAGGUGCUGAAGAGUCUGCUGCAGGCGGAGUUCCUCAGGGUGCAGGAGGAGCGCAUCUUCCACCAGCAGGUUAAGUGUGUCAUUACAGAGGAGAAGACCUGCAGAGUCUGCAAGAAGAAAAUAGGAAACAGUGCGUUUGCCAGGUAUCCCAACGGCGUGGUGGUACAUUACUUCUGCUGCAAAGACCGCAACGUGUGUCCCACUGAGCAGUAACAGCUCCACCAGACAGUGACUGUUUACUAAUAACCCCCCCGCCCUCUCUGUGGAUUUUAGCCCUCGGACAUCUUUGAACUAGAAAUGCAUCAGAAGGUUGGAAGUGUGGACUGUGGACUCAGAUGCACCCGACAGAACUACGAGUGCAGACGUUUUUUUGGCCUGAGUUAACCUUGGGCACGGCCGUCUUCGCGCUCGAACAGCUGAGCGGAACAGGACCUCCUCCUGAAAGCAAAGGCUGCGACUGUCUUUCUCUCUGUGCAUGAAGUAACAGGAGGAAUGUCCGGGGUCGCCCAGCAGGAGGGGAGAAAUAAAGAGAAAGAGGGAGGUAGACUCUGACAUUUGAAAAGCAUGUGUCACUGUAACGCUAGAAGGGAUUCACACGCCGCCCCGGAGGAAAAUGGGCGCUAUUGACAGACGCUCAGAGUGAGAGGAGCUGUAACAGCACAAGUUAGUGCUCCUUCUCACCGGGAGAUGAUUACAAGGUCUGCAGUUUUAUUUUAUUUUCCUGUGUGUCCCUGCCUCUCGCUGUCUCCCACCCCUCCUGUCACACUGUGUAGGCCUCAAACACUGCUUCAUAUGCCACACACACGCUGCAGGACUGCUUUUAAAUGCCUUCUGCGACUCUGAAGAUUGUACUUACAGUGAGGUCAGAUGUCUCAUGAUUUUUUGUUAGCAUGUGCUAGUACUGACAAGCAAAACAUUCGUCUCACAGUGUGUUUUUUGUAUUUUAUUUAAACAUUUGCGGCGGCUUCUCCGACUAAUAUUACCCAUCGCUUUUUCGUCAUUUGCUGUCUUUACGGUGUGUAAAUGGUCGCUACCACGCAACAUUUUUUAAAGUUUUCAUGCAUCUUCUUUGUUUGAUUUGUUUUUUCUUUCCAAGUCACGAAACGUUUAUGAAGGAAACAUUUGAGGUGAGACUAUGUGACUUUUGAACAGCAGCCAUUAGUGCCAGUUACAGAAUAAUAACACAGUUUCCCUUUAAUUUCCCAGUUGCUUUACAGAAAUCAUUGCAGAGCUGCAACCAUUAGCUGAUUAAUCAAUUAGUCAAUCGACAGAAAAUCAAUCUGCACCUAUUUUGAUAAUCGAAUAAUUGUUUCAGUCAUUUUCACAAUCAAAUUCACUGGUUGCAGCAUGUAAAAUGUGAGGAUUUGCUGCUUUUCUUGGUCAUAUAUGACAGGAAAUUAAAUGUCUGGGUUUUGGACUUUUGAUCAGAUAAAAAGCAGCAAACUGACGACAUCACUGUGGGCAAGGAAAAACUGUAAAUAAAUAAUUGCUCGUUGCAGCCCCACAUCAGUGUGACAGUGAGUGUCACAGCAGCAGAAGUGGAGAUGAGUCAUAAAUAUAACAUAUUAACUAACAUCAACCACCCUGAGCUGCACACCGAACCCCUUGUGUGUGUUUGAACUGAGCAACAGAGACUUUCAUUUCUUCUGAAUUCAGCUUUUUAUUUAUGAGAGGAAGAUUAUGUUAUUCCUUCUUUCAAAAGUUAAAUGGUCUCCCUCUAAGACAGAUCGCAGAAGUACAGCACUUUAAAAGAGGAGGGAUGUCCUGCUUGUUUAUUGUCCAGUCACACGUGCAUGUGAUAAGAACUGCAAGUAAAGUGAGUGACUUGGAAGCUUUGAUUGAUCCGUGCUUUUUACGAGCAAUAUUGUAAUAAAAUGUGUCUGUUCACCGUCCGCCUGGGAGGCUGCUCAAGAAGCAGGACCCCCCAGUUUACUGAAAAUGAAAUAAAAGCAUUGAAUGUAUGUUUUUAGACUAAUUUGGGGUCCACAGCGUCGUUGCACUCUCUGGACCGGUGACUUAUGCCACUCAAACUCCUCUUUUAACCACUAAGCUUUACGUCUGAAUACUUUGGGGAAUUCCUGCAACAUUUUUAAGUUAACUUUCCCCACAAGUUGUAGCACUCUCUGCAUCUCUCUCCCCUCCUCUUCCUCCUCCUCCUCCUCCUCCUCCUCCUCUACUCUUAAAGGUUUGCACUGCUAAGACUGUUUCGGUAUAACCUUUUGAAGUGGGAACAUUUGUCCCACUCUGUGUAUACUGUAUAAAUACUGAGAGUGUUAAUGGGACAUUUCUCGUUGGAGUUAUUUGAUUCUGGGGGGUGAUGCAUCUGUCUGUCUGUCUGGCUUCAAUCAGUAAUAAAUAAGUAUUUCCA